AUGCCGCCCAAAGCAAUGGGAGCGUUCUUCCUGGGCCUCGAGCUUGCGACUGACCAGCUUCGAGCAUCUAUUGUCGAUGACAACCUGGAGUUGGUGGGCGUAGAGGCGGUAGACUUCGACACCGAGCUGCCGGAAUACCAGACUCAGGGCGGCAUUUUCACCACGCCUGGUGAUGCAUACACCACGCCGGUGGAGAUGUGGAUGAAGGCCUUCGAUGUACUCUUGGAGAAACUGAGCAAGGCAUACGACGUGUCGAGGAUCAAAGGUAUUGGCGGGGCUGCGCAGCAUGCGCUCGUAUGGUGGAAGGCGAGCCAGAUGCCGCAACUGCAGAACCUUGAUCCGCGGCUGCCCGUGCACGCGCAGAUAUCCCCUCAGUCAUUCUCGUUGCCCAACUCGCCUGUUGCGCAGGACACGUCGGCGCACACGCAUGCGCUCGCACUGGAGGCCGCGCUGGGCGGGCCCGACCUGAUGGCAGCUCGCGUCGGUACGUGUGCGCACGCGUCGCUCCUCGCAGCGCAGCUGCUCCGCGUACGCGAAGCGUGGCCAGAGGUAUGGGCACGCACGGGGCGCGUGCAGGUUGCUAGCUCGUUCCUCGCUAGCCUUGUCUGUGGCGCGUUCGUUGGCAUGGGGGAGGCGGAGGCGUGUGCGACGGGCCUCUGGGCGCACAGCGGCGCACAAGCAGGCGGCGUUCCGAGCCAUUGGGACGACGAGGUCAUGGAGAUCGUAGGCGGGAAUCGGGAGGAAGGUAGGCGUAUCUGGAGUUGGCUAGGCGAUGUGGAUAUCUCAGGAGGGCGGAGGAGAAUUGGGAACGUUUCGCGAUACCUGGUGGACCGAUAUGGGUUCGAUCCUGACGCUAUCGUUACGCCUUUCACUGCAGACUAUCUUUCGACAUACCUCUCUGUGUGCCCAACGCCUUCCGAUGCCGUCCUGUCCUUUGGGCCCAUGGAUGUUAUGCUUGCUCCGGCAUCGAACUAUGUACCAACUCGUCUGUACACUUUGUUCCCACACCCCGCCCAGGAUGCUAGCGAGAGGAAGCGUUAUGUCGCAAUGCUGACCAGCAGGAAUGCAGAUGUACCAAGAGCCCUCGUUCGUGACAUGUACACGAAGAGUUGGAGCGCAUUCGACCGCUUAGUAGCCAUCGUUCCCCCUGGCGGCUCGAUUGGCCUUGAUGACAAGCUCUUCAGCUUCUGGAUUCUGCAGGCGGACAGUUACCCGUUUUCCCAUGUGAAGGGAAUCUACCGUUUCGAAACCGGGGUGAAAGUCAACGAAUUCCGCGAUUUGCGCGCGAACCCCCGAUGUCUACUCGAAAGCCAGAUCUUGUCCUUCCGCGUCCGCUGGUCUCGUCUGGCAGCUACGGGUGUACUCGGUUCCAAUGCAGGGCGCAGUCGUGGCGCAAAUUCUUCUCCCAGCCCUAUCUCCCAGCAAAAACGCAGUGCAAGCAACACAGCCAACCACAUGGGCCUUCCUUUCGAUCCAUACGACUACACUCCGCUUCCCUCACGCGUCAUUUGCACUGGCGCCGCCGCCAAUUUCCCGUCAAUCGCCAAUCUUGCGGGCGAUGUCUUCAAUGCACCGGUCUUGGUACCUACCACUCAGGUCGAUGCAGCGCAAGUCGUGCCACACCGGAACGCUCCGCCCCCAGGAUUCCCCGCUCGCGCAGCGCUUGGAGGUGCCUACGUUGCCCGAUGGGUGUGGGGCAAGGAGAAGGGCACGCCCGCUGGUACCGGCCGCGGUGGCUUCGAGGAAGAGAUUAAGCGACUCCUCGCAAAGCGCUGGGCAGUAGCAGGCGGUGUGCCUAUUCGGACAAACGUGAACGCUCCGGGCACCAACAGCAGGGCGCCAAGUGCUACAGGAAGCGGCGCGAGCACGCCCUACGGACAUGGGCCGCGCUCAGCUCUUGGAGCCACAAUCCUCGUCGAGGAAGAGGAAGAGGAGGAAGAGAUGGACAAAAUGGGUGGAAUGCAGAGCUCCUUUGGGAUGAACUCUGGCUUCGGGGAGGGAGAUCUUGGCCGACUGAGAACGCUCACUAGCUCCACCGCCGGCACGACGAUGACGGGCAGCACGAUAGAUACGCCCUCGACGGCCUACACCACACCCGACCUCAGUGGCACCAAUACCGUAAACGCGGACGGGACUGGGGUAGAGGCUGCAGUACCUUCCACCCCAGCCGCAUUGACUCCGGUCACUGCAAUGCCGACGUCCGAGGCGGAGGUCCAACUCGGCCUCGUCAAGGUUGCAGAGCCCGACGUGGAUGCGUUCAUGUCAUACGCCGCUAUCGUGCCAGAAUACUGCAGGCUAGAGGGUUUACUGGUAAAGUCGAUCGUGUAACCGCUUUCUUACACCGUCGCUCUAGCCUGAUUGCUGUGCUUUCGAUGCGCUAUUUUGCAAUCGGUACAUAUCGUCCGCACGGGCGAGCAAAAAUUACAUACAGAAUCUCCAUGUCUGACGGUGCCAACGCCGCAUGGACUGGAGUCGCCGGGCAUUUUGUUAUGACUCUGGAGCAUUUGUGAUAUAUAGAUAGCAAGCAUUGGUAUUUUGUUUAUACCCUGUAUCACGGCUAGGGCAGCUCGAAAAAGGGGUGUGUUCUUGCCACUGGGACAGGCUCAAGUACAUAGUUCGUAAUUAAUACAUUUCGUUAUUGUCAU